AUGGCAGCCAAGUUCCUGACCAAGCCUAAGGACCUACUGCUUGUUUGGUGCUGGCGAAUCACCAUCAGCAGAAAGAACUCCUGCUACCUCACCAUGCUGAGGAAACAAUUUGAAUGUGAAAAGCCGUCCUGGGUGAGAAGAAAAGCAAGCAACACAAACCAGUUUCCAAAUGUCAAAUCGCAAAGAGCCCCCACCCUGGUCACACUCGAGUGCCCAAGCUCUCCUGAGACCACAGGAAAGAGGGUCCCAAAGCAGGUCCUCUACCCUCGCAGCACACCUCCUCCCGCCCUGGGGGUCCGAGCGCCCCACGGCUCCACUACCGGGCCGGUGCCCCCACCCCCUAAACCCGGGGGCCAAGAGCCCGCAACGCUCUGGGGUCCGCAGGGCGCAUGCAGGGGCAGUCGGUUCAGCGUGCCCCCCGCCCCCCGACGCUCAGCCCCUGGGGCCGCACAGACCCCAGGCCGCCCGGAUCAGGGUCAGGAGCUCGGUCUCCCCGCGCCCCCCACCCAACCUCCCUCGCCCCGGCAAUGCAAACCCGCAGGGAAGCCGGCGGGAGAGUUACCCGCCGAGGCCCAGGCGCGAAGACUGCAGAGGCGUGCGGGACUCUGCGGCGGGAGGCCUGCGGCUCUCCGGCCGCCCGCCGCCGCUCGCUCCAGCCGGUCGCUGCCUCUCCCGCGGCGCCUGCAGCAUCGGGCCGCCGAAGCCCGCGGCCGGCGGAAACCGGAGGAAGGUGGCCCGGGUCAGGGGCAGCGCCCGCACGAUUCCUCGUCCGCGGACCAGGCGGGGGAGCUGGGGAAGGCGCGGCGCCGAGCGGAGUCCGAGGCGCCCGGCCGCGCGCUGCCCUCCGCGCUGGGGUCCGGAUCCCAGGCGACUGCGCCGAGCGCCUCCGGGGCCGCGGGGUCGCUCCUCCUGCUCGUCUGCUGGCGCCAGACGCGCGGUGACCACGGCCGCCCCCGAGUCCACGGAGGAAGGUGCACUGCAGAGCGAGGCUGUGGGGGCUCCGCGCCCCCCGGAGCAGGGAGGCAGGAAAGCAGCCGAGCCCCUACCUUUCGGGCUGGGCGGACACCAGCCGCGCGCCCUUGCCGGGCGUCAGGGACGGAAAAUCACCACGACGGGAGGGCCCGGGUAAAGCAGCGGGUGGCUUCAGGACAAGACUUACAGGGGAUGCAUCACCAAAGGAUAUUAUAAGACAGUGACUUGUCAAGCAGAGAGAUACUGCUGGGAUACAAAGUUGCUUCUGGAGAGUCCACUAGGAACCACUGCCUAUGGAACCACCUAGGAACCUCUCCCAACUUCCUGUCAUUACACCUGGAGAUAGAGAAGCACCAAGUGUGAAAUGGCGGAAAAGAAGGCAAGGUGGAGGCCACUCGAUACACUCAAAUGUGAACUCGUAUUAAUUGUACUCCUGCCAGAUGCUAGGUGAUUUUAUAGGUUAUAUUGUUUACCACACACAGCAGCCCUGUGAACUGAAUAUCAUUAUCCCCAUUUUCCAGAUGAUGAAUUGAAGACUCAGUGAAAUUACCUAAUUGGCCCAAGGGCCGGAACUUGUACGUGUCACACCUAGAAUUUGCAUCCAGGUUAAACUCCAAGGCUCUCUUUUCAUACCCAUGACAUAGUGCCUUUCUAGUCAAGAGAUGAAGGAUGUGAGAGAAUUAAUGACGGUUAUGCGAGUAUGACAUUUCACAAAAACACUUAGAACCUGGUCAAUUGAAUGGGAAUCCUGGGAAACCUUAGUUGGCUUUUUGUAUGCAGGUAUCAAGAUGGUGGCUGCAAUGGUAUGGCCAACAUUUCCAGUUCCCAUUGUUCCAGUUCCUGUUCCCCCAAACCAGAAUGUCUUCUCCAGGGAUGUGCAGACUGUAGAUUAUGGAAAUAUUUCUUCAGGACCCCAGUCAUCAUUCUCCCUGGCUGAGUCUGCUCACUUUCACACCUGAGCUCACUUUGGGAUAGAUCCCAUUUUAAUGUAAUUACGUUAGCAGAAGCACUAACCAUAAUGGCAUCAGGGUCAUCACAAGGGAAACAUGUGCGGCAGCUCCCCAGGAGCAUGCAAAUGCAACACUUCAAUUCUUCAUUUUUAUUCCACAUCAGAACCGUUUAUUACACUAUAGGACAUUAUGAAUACAAGAGAACCGAUAUCGAUAAUAAAGAGCUGUAGAGCUAGGAACCACCAUGAACAUCUGAAGUAGAAGUAAAAUGAAGGAUUGAAACUGACCACUGUUCCCUAAUGGGUUAGACUAGGAAUCAGUUUUCAUUUUACAAUGUUUACAAUUUUCGUUUUUACUGAAUCUUCUGGUUAAGCUUCCAAAUUUACUUUUUUGUACUCAGGUGCCAUAUUGGAAGCAGUUUUUCCAAAUCCUGCACAUGACUGUUAACUAUUACAAGUAUAUUAACCACAUGGUGAUAUCCUGACCAUCUGAGCAGCUCUCUUCAGUGCUUCAAAAGUGGUAAGUACAAAAAACAAAUAACAAAUACUUAACAAAUACAAAUAACUUUAAUCUCUAUCAUCAUUUAGUAUUAUCGCAUAAAAUUGAGGGGUUCUGAAGCUCUGCCCAAGGGACUAAAGAGAAACAAUUUUGUUUUUGCUUAGAGAGAUGGGAAUAGGCAGGACUUAACUGUAUGUCUCCGUGCUUAUCAGUGAUAAAUAAAUGUAUUUUAACCAAGUCAACUAAGUCCUAGACUCUGGAUCCACAAAAUUUUGUAUAAUUGAUAAAACUUUUUUUACUGGCUAUAGAUUAAAAAGCUGAAUACAGUUGAAUUUUCCUGGGCCCUUUAGAGUUAAGAGUCCUGCCACUGAGAAUCUGUCAUACAAAAUGUUAAUCCGUACGCUCGAAAACAAUAAAACUCCAAUACUAAAUACCUGGAAGUUGUCCCUAAGUUUUCUUUUCUUUUUUUUUUUAAUUUUUUUUAACGUUUAUUUAUUUUUGGGACAGAGAGAGACAGAGCAUGAACGGGGGAGGGGUAGAGAGAGAGGGAGACACAGAAUUGGAAGCAGGCUCCAGGCUCUGAGCCAUCAGCCCAGAGCCCGACGACGCGGGGCUGGAACUCACUAACCGGGAGAUCGUGACCUGAGGCGAAGUCGGACGCUCAACCGACUGAGCCACCCAGGCGCCCCCCUAAGUUUUCUUUAACUGAGGUGAGUAAUAAGUUCAUUUGUACAUGAUUUCAGAAAAUGUGCAUAUCCCUUGCUGUUCAGCGUCCUCCCCUCCCCCCCCACGCUUAUUCUGUAUCUGAGAUCUCUCAAGGAUUCACUCACCAUUUCCAUAGAGGGACUUGGGAGUCUUCUCUUGCGAGCUCUACUUUCUUAAUUCUCAGUCUUUGUACGUCCUGCUGCUCACUGAGCAUUCAGUUCCACAUGUAUUUAUCAGCACCUGCUGUAUGCAAAGAAUUGCACAAAAAGCAGAGUCAACAAAUCCAAAGCCAAAUUUUAAGUCUUCUACCCUGACCAGCUUUUUCUUUUCACUUACUCAUUUUUAUUACUGAUAAUGCUUUUCUCCCACCUUUCCACAUUUAAAACCUUAGAAUUAUCUUUGAUCUGUCCUUCUUUCUCUCCAUCUCACCUGAACUUCCAUCCUUCAUGUCAUUAGCACACUCCACAUUCAGUCAUUAAAUGCACACUGCUUGCUAUCUGCCAGGAACUGUUGCAGGUGCUAGGAGUAGUUUGCCAGUGGGGAAACAGGCAAAAAUGUUUGCUUUCCUGGAGUUAUAUUUUAGUAAUUCAUCUUGAUUUCCUUUGUGUUUCCCUCUUGCAUGGUGUUUAUUUCACUUACUCUAGACCUGCCUUCCCUGAGUGACCCUAUCACCCCCAUCACCUGGAGCGGCUCUCUUGGAAUAAUAUCCUAAGGACCCACAGCUCGCUUUUUUACUUCUCAGUCUUGAGCAAAUCUCCCAAACUUGUUUUAGGCUUCUUUUCCGUAGAGCAGCCUGCCUGCCCACCCUUCACCCCACUGGAACAAAAGAUAACAUUGGAUUCCACAUCUCUGCCUGUCAGUCUUUUGAAAACAAAAGCAGCACCAGCAGAGAUGUUCUAGAGAUCUGUUAACUUGUUUCUUACCCUGUAACAGAAAAGUCACUGAGCCAACCAAACACCAAAACGUAGUUACCUUCUUGAGAUGGAGGAGGGAUAAAUAUUUAUAGCUGGAGAUCACAAGUCUGAAAUCAACAUGAGCAAGGCUGGGUUUCUUCCAGAGGAGGGGCGGGCACAAUUUGUUUCCGUGCCUUUUCCAGCUUCUAGAGGCCACUCACUCUCCUUGGCUUACAGCUCUUCCACCAUUUUCAAGGCUUGCAGGGUAGGAUCUUCACAUGUCUUUGAUUGUGACCCCUGCUUCUCUCAACCCAUCUCCUGUUCUGACUCUGACCCUUCUGCCUCCCUCUUCUAGGGACCUUGUGACAUUGGACCCACCUGGAUAAUCUCCCCAUGUGAAGACCCUUAACUUAAUCAUGUCUAUAAAAUUUCUUUUGCCAUUUAAAGUAGCACUUU